AUGCUUCUCCUAUUAUUCCUGACCCUUUUCGAACCCGUUCGAACAUCCAUUUACUCAAAUUCUUUAUGUCGCACUUCUUUCUUUCUUUCUUUCUUUCUUUCUUUGUACCGUGUCCUUUCAGAACUAAUUUAUUCAUAUUUCCGCCUUUUGACUUUUAAUUCAAAACAUUUUCUUUCAUUCUUUCCAUUUCGGUCGAUUCACUAUCUAUCUAUCUAUCUAUCUAUCUAUCUAUCUAUCUAUCUAUCUAUCUAUCUAUCUCAGUCUGUUCAUAUCUAUCUCUUCUCAUUUUAUAUCUAUCUAUCUAUCUAUCUAUCUAUCUAUCUAUCUAUCUAUCUAUCUAUCUAUCUAUCUAUCCCGGUAGAUAGAUAUGAUCUACCUAUUGGGUGUAUAUCUAUCUAUCUAUCUAUCUAUCUAUCUAUCUAUCUAUCUAUCUAUCUAUCUAUCUAUCUAUCUAAUACAGUUCCAUUUUCUUUCUUUAUUUCUCCCUGUCUCUCCUGUUCAUAUCUAUCUAUCUAUCUAUCUAUCUAUCUAUCUAUCUAUCUAUCUAUCUAUCUAUCUUUUCUUGUUUAUAUCUAUCUAUCUAUCUAUCUAUCCGAUGAAUUCACUCGUCGUCUUCAAUGUAUGACAGCUGAGCAGUUCAGUUUAGUGAAGUGA